AUGGUACUGGGGCCUCGGGUAUGGAAGAAACUCUUAUAUUUGGACCAGCCGUUUCCAGACAAUUACACACCCGUGCUGUUUUUGGACCAGCUCAAGCGGAACACUACCGUGUCGAAGUACCUGUUUCGCAAGCUCUACAAUGACUUUAGCUUGGUGGCCUUGUACGCUUCGCUCUUGUUGCUUGUGAAUUUGAACUUUUCUGGGAUAUAUUCUGGGUACUGGCAGGCGUAUGUUUCGAUGGCUUUCGGUACGACAAUGGCUGGUGUGGGGCUAAUGGCGCUUCCUACUAUCCUCAACUCACCUGAUGCUGGGGAGAAUGUCAAGCUGAACACGGUGAUUUUGUUGUUGCUAUUGUUGCUUUCGCCGGUACUUCGGUCGUUGACGAAAUCCACGUCGUCAGAUUCUAUCUGGGCGCUUUCUAGUGUGUUGACGUGUUUGAACGUGCUCUGUCAUGAUUAUGCAUUGGAAACGUCCCAAAGCUAUAGGGCUGUGAUAUCUACGAAUCUAAGCUUUACGAAUGGGAUUGUGUUGGCUUCACGUCUUCAGCUGUCCAUGGACGCUUUUGUGUUUUUGGUGUUUUCAACAGAAGUGUGCAUUUUGUUCCCCAUGUUUGACCUUCGACUUCGUGAAAAACUGUACACGGCGCAUAAUACGGUGAUGUUUUUCGUUUACGGGAUAGUGGGUUCGGUGAUUUAUGUUAUUCAUGGUGCCUGGUUCUCGUUGGUGUACUUUCUGGGCGUUGUGUUUGUCCUGUUGUGUCUUCCAUGGUACUUUAUGUCUUUGCAACGGUACAAGAACGAGCUCCAGGGCCCGUGGGACACCGCCAAGCCGAAGAUUAAUACCACGAGUUGA